CUGAUUUGGAGUAGAAACCUGUAUUAGGGGAAAACCAGGGUCCUCGGCAUUUUUUUUUUGCGAGCAGUGCACCCAGAAUCCAAAAAGAUUUUUAUAAAAAAAAAGAAAGAAAGAAAAUGAAAGAAAGAAGCCGCAGCUCCUGGUAACCCGGAUAAGGCCACGGAAUCGUUCUACUGGACACCAGCAUUGGGAAUUCAUUUUUUGAGGUCAAUUUCCAAUCGAGAUAAAUCUAUUGGAUUAGUAGGAUUAUCUGAUCGCAGCUCAAAGAAGUAACGUUGUUUGAUCGUUUGUAUUUUCUUGCCUGAUGGUCGGAAUUACAGGGAUGCGGCUUUGGUUCUCCAGGAUUCUAGAUCGUGGCAGCGUCUGGAGAGAAAAAAAGCAUCAAUCCACACGUUUAGGAAGUGUCCGUGGGUGAAUAAAGAGGGAGGGGGAGGUGGAACCGGGGUUGCGGCUGCUUAAAGAAAAAAAUAAAUAAAUAAGGGAAGCGUCUUGAAUUCUGAAACAAGAAUUACCCAGUUCCUGAGGCUGAAAAGAAGGCAUCUACAAACUGGUAAAUACUUUGGCCAUUUCGGCUUGAAUUUGAAGGCGAAGUGUUGUUAAAACUGUCUCCUUGAAUAAUUGAAAGGACUGGGGGAAGAUGAGGGGGCUCCCGCCACGGACGUAUCUUGCUGUGGGAUAUAGACCCACAGUUAACUGGAUUUGAUUUAUAUGAGGGAAAAUACAGUCAAUGGCUACUCUCGCCACAUUGCUACUAUGGAAAACAGAAUGGUCAAUAGGAGAUGGUCUGAUGAAUAGUGAUGAUUGAAGACGCUGCUUCUAUCUGUGUGAAAUCAAUGGGAGCUGCUUGCUGCAUGAAGAAUACUCUGAGCUUUCCUAAACAAGCUAACAUUUGAGAAGCUGGAGGUGCAUUCUACCAUCAUUUCAUCUUUCUCAAGUGGAUACAAAUAUAUUUGCCUCAUUGCACAAGAAAAAUAGACAACUAAUGUGGGACCAUGGCACUUCCCAGAUGCAUGUGGCCAAAUUAUGUUUGGAGAGCCAUGAUGGCAUGUGUGGUACACAGGGGAUUGGGUGCCCCAUUGGCUCUCUGUUUGUUGGGAUGUUUUCUACAGACUGUCCACGUGCUCUCUCAAAAACUGGAUGAUGUAGAUCCAUUGGUUACUACUAACUUUGGAAAGAUAAGAGGGAUUAAGAAGGAACUCAAUAACGAAAUUUUGGGGCCUGUCAUUCAGUUUCUCGGGGUUCCAUAUGCUGCUCCACCAACAGGUGAACAUCGUUUUCAGCCUCCAGAGCCACCAUCUCCCUGGUCCGAUAUUCGGAAUGCCACUCAGUUUGCCCCUGUAUGUCCCCAGAAUAUCAUUGAUGGCAGAUUGCCUGAAGUUAUGCUUCCUGUGUGGUUCACUAAUAACUUGGAUGUGGUUUCAUCAUAUGUUCAAGACCAGAGUGAAGAUUGCCUAUACUUAAACAUCUAUGUCCCAACUGAAGAUGAUAUUCGGGACAGUGGGGGUCCCAAGCCAGUGAUGGUGUACAUCCAUGGUGGCUCUUACAUGGAAGGCACUGGGAAUCUAUAUGAUGGGAGUGUCUUGGCAAGCUAUGGCAAUGUGAUUGUCAUCACAGUCAACUAUCGGCUUGGGGUACUUGGUAAGAUAUUUCUUACUUCCUUUGCCAUUUAUCAUAAAGUUGUCAUAGUUUUGUUUUGCUUCUGUGCUUCUUGAUAUAGUUUUCUGAACCUAAAUUUUUGAAUGAUUCUCUGAGUUUAUUAAAUGUUCACACAUUAAGUAAAGACAACUUGAGAAAAUUUUAAAUUUGCAGCAGAAAAGUAAUGGAGGAAUUGAUUGCUAAGAUGUACUUUGUGGUUUGACUAUACAGAAGCAUGAAAGCCAACAAUGGCAAAGUCUUCAAAAACAAGAGAAAACAAGUUCUUUAACAAAUAUGUACUUCUGUUUUUCUUUUGCACACUGUUAAAAAAAGUUGUCUUAGGUCUUCUGUACUCUUAGAUGCUGGUUUACACUUCCUUCUAGAAUUGUAAAUGGACUAAGGUGGGGAAGUUACUGUUUAUUGUUGCCAUAUAGGUAUUUCAUUUCUUUUAUUUUUAUCAUUCAAUAAUAAUUAUGAAUGUUUUCUCUCAGUAUAUCUUUAUUGAAUGACUUAAUUUGGAAAAGCAUAUACUCAUUUUUUAACCUGACUGGUCAAUUCAGUCCUACACAGUGUUUACAGAUAGAAGAUAGAGUCUAAACUGAGAUCCUUAGCUUUGAAUAAAAAUAUAGAGAAAGUUUACUUUUAGUGAAAUCUUUUUUAUUUAAUAGUCAGAUUUUAAUAAUCACCUGCAGUUCUAUUAAUGUAAGCAGGUCGCAGUAUUGGCAAUGACAAACAAAUUGUAUUUAAUCAAUAUUAUCUGUGGUAUUUUUAUGUAACGAUUGAAAAUAGAAUGUUUCCACAAAAUAUUUUAUUUUUAAUCUUAAUUGUUCUAAAAAAUGUAUCGCAAUUUGAAGACUCAAAACCAUUCUGUUUAGAUAAAGGGAUAUUCUGGGAUAGUCUCCUCCAGAUUUGUGUCUUCUAAACUUAGAGAAAAUGCAGAAUUGUACAUUAUUUCAUACCAUUUUUAAUAUCAUACAUAUAUAAUCUGCCAUAGUGGUGAUAGAGUCAAGUGGAUGAUAUGAUGGGCAUGCCUUAUCAUUAGGUAGAACACAUAUGGUCAGCCCACUGCUCAGGUACGUUUUGCCAAUCAGAGUGUAUAGUCAUGAACUAUUCAGAAUCAUUUUUCUACUUCAGACAUACUUCUCACUAUUGAAAACUCUACUUAUUAGAAGAUAAAGAACUGACUCUUUGUAAUUAUCCCUACGUAUCUUAAUCUUAUUUUAUUCUUACAAAACAUUUGCACAUGAUGUCUUUUAAUGCCUUAAUAUCUUUAUUUUGUAGUUUUUAUAUUUUGUACUAUAAUUCAGUCAUUUUAAUAGCUCUCAUUCUCAUAUUUUUUCCAAAUCUCUUCAAUUGAAAAUCCUGUGCAGUGACAUGUUUGUCGACUGAAAAAUCUAAAAGAAAUGCCAAGUGUGUAGUUAGUGCUUGUAGCUCCACCAUACAGUGUCUAUCUAACAAUUAGUUUUGUCAUAGUUAAAUUUCCUAUGAUGAGCUUUGGGAUUAAGUUAAUGGAAACAUUUCCCACUCCUUUAUGAUUCUUUCUUAAAAUGUUUGUUUCCUCUGCUACAGUGUCUUUAGUAAGGACUUCUCACUGAUGCGAUUUCAAUCCUACAUGCAUGCAUACAUCUUGUCUUUAAAAAGCACAAUGUGGUUGAGUUACAGCACAAAAAAUUGAGCAGGUAAGAAAGGGAAGAACUCACUCAUCACAUGGUCUGCCUAAGUGCCUGCCACAUUGGCCUGGAGGAUGGGAUUUUCCUAGUUUGGUUUGCUCUGUCUGAAUUCUGAGGAGCACCCCUUAGUUGGCUUCUUUAUGUCUUGAACAAGAAUCAUCUUCAGUCUGAGGCUGACUUUUAUUAAACUUUUAACCUGAAAAAUAGCCAAAAUGUGUUAGUUAAAUUGUAUAAAGCAAUGGUUCUUAACACAUGGGGCACAACCCCUUUGCACAAACCAUUCUUAUUGCUUGCCUAAAACCACUGGCAUAUACUAUGGUUCAAAACAGUAGCAAAAUUACAGUUAUGAAGUAGCAAGGAAAGUAAAUUUAGGGUUGGGGUCACCCCAACAUGAUGAGCUGUAUUAAAGGGUCACAGCAUUAGAAGGGUAGAAAACCACUGUUCUAACACAGAUUUUAGAGUGUUAAUUCUAUAAUAGUUGGAUUUUGGCCAGUGUUUUUCAAAAUAAAACUGAUUUGAAUGUAUUAAAAUGAGAUAAUACAAGAAAAAGUAAUUGCUGAAACAUUAAUUCAAUGUCCUUCACACAAGUGUCACACUAAACCAGAUCAACAGUCAUCAUGCUGAACUAUGACAAAGAGGGAUGUAGAUAUUGAGGUGUUCCUUGUGAAUAUUUACCUAGCAAUAAGGUAAGGUGAGGAUUCUUAGUUGUGGGUUCCAAAAGAAUUAUGGUCAAGUUUGUUGUGGGGUAAAUGCUGAAAAUAUGGUAUAAGAUAAGAUUUGAUCUCGUAUCAGAGAAAGUCCUGCUCUGUCUUUUGAUUCUGGUGUUUUGUUGUGAAGAUGAAUUUAGGAAGCCAGUGGUAACUGAAUAAUUAUAGUUCUGUUGAUCAGUGGUGACUGGCAGGCAAGCCAGUGUUUGGAACAGGUGAAAUUAUUGUCAGUUUGAAUUUUCCAUACUUGAUUUGCUCUUGAUUUUUAGUGAUGAGUAGUCAAGUAGAAAUGAUUCAGUUAUAAAAUUCAUAUAACUACAUCACUAUCUAGUGACUAAGGUUCUCUAAUUGAAAGCAUUUUGUGUGAAAAAAUAUUUUUUGCAUUACAAAUUAGGAGUAGCAUGGAGGAAAAACUAAAUCUGUCAGUAUAUUCAGAAAUUUGAUGGUUGGCAAAACUUCCUGAACUAAGAGCCUUCUGUGGUAUCCUUUGGAAGAGUAGCACAUACUCUCACUCAAAACUGCAUAUAGCCUUGCCUCUGAGGUAAUCAGCUGUGUGCAGAAAAUAAUAUCGUCCAGUAAGGUUGACAAAACAGAUGAGAGGAAAGAAGCAGGACUCUGGUCUCCAUCCACUGUCUCAGAGGCAACUGGCAGUUCCUGGUGAUUGUGUAUCAGACUCUGAACUUGAUCCUGCUUACAGUGUUGUAUUCAUCCAGUUGUGAUGUAAGUCUGUUCUGUUCAGUCUCAUUCAGCAUCUGCUGUUUAGGUCACUAUUCCAUAGAUCUUGGGAUUAAAUAUAUAGUAAUUAUUGCUUCAUUACCUUUUAGUCGUUUACCUUAUGGAUACUAAAAAUUAUUAACUUGGUUACUUGAGAGAUGUUUUGGUUAUGUUUUGUAGGAGAAAAUAAUCCAUGUGAAUAUUUUGACUCUACCCUGGGUAAAUGUGUAUGUUUAUUGGUGAAAAAUUGAAAACUCUGAUGAAAUAAGUUGUUCACUCUGUAAGA